AGAGAUUCACUGGAAAUGUGUCUGCUUCUGGAUUUCACUGUAUACUGCAGACCGACUACGAAAACAUGAAAACUGAGGGGGUGGACCUGAACUUGUCUUACAUCUCUACGCUUACACGGUUUGCUGAGACAUCGAACUGCAUGUUCUGGAUAAGAGGAGCACACAGAGUUUGACACGUGAUCAGUCCCAGAACGUUGGCCAGCAUGUCAUCCGACUCCCCGGCCGAUGAUCUGUGUGCACCGGACGACCACCUCUGCAUUGUAUUAAAUCAUUUGCAAGCCGUGAUCAUCGUCCCCACGCUCCUCCUCCUGGGGACCCUGGUCACCCUGCUGGCGCUGUGCAUAUUGAGGUUUUAUCCUGAACAGAAGCGGACACAGGUCGCAGCCCCUCAACACUACCACAGCUCAUCACACAGACACAAACAAAGGAACAGACAACACCUACAGGGAAUUGAUGCACCCCCAGGGAUAAACCCGCUGGAACACGAAGAGCUGCCAAUGUCAGUUCAACAAGUGCAGCAGACUGUGGUGCCAACUCUGGCUGCAGUACCCCAUGUGUCCACAGAGAGGCUGCAUGGAGCCUUCAGCCAGGUCACUGCCCUGCCACUGUCCUUCUCCAUGAAGCCAGAUGACUCAGUCAGCCACUACAGAGGCCGCAUGGACAACAGGGACGUCGUCCUGAGGCUGCUGAAAGAAAGGGCAAACAGCAGUGAGAAGCAGCACUUUUUGGGGUUUGCUUCCUUCGUGUCAGGACUGGGGCCCCACCCCUUCCUACCUGAGCUGCUGGGUGUGGUUUCAGUGCAGUCGCCCCUCAUGAUGGUUGUGGAGGAGCUGCAGCACAGAGACCUGCUGGGGUACCUGUGGAGAUGUCGACAGGAUAACUCCAGUUUAGAGUCUUCAUGUGACAUGACAGAGAAGAGGAUCUUCACCAUGGCAGGACAAGUGGCCUCUGCUCUGGCGUACCUGCACACUCAGGGCUGCAUCCACGGCAACGUGGGAGCUCGCAGUGUUCUGGUUGGCGGAGAUCUGACGGCGAAGCUGUGGGGCUUAGGCUCGGCCUACCGCAGGACAACACGGGCCGCUUCACCGGGGGAAGUAGAGGACAAGGAGACGAGGAAGUGGCAGGCGCCGGAAGUGUUGAGCAGAGGAGGCAUCAUUCAGAGUAGUGACGUAUGGUCCUUCGGUCUCCUGCUCUAUGAAAUGGUCACAUUGGGUGACCCACCGUUUGCAGAGAUCUCGUCGACUGAACUUCUGCAGCAUCUACAGAGAGGAAAGCAUCUCAAACGGCCCAGCGGCUGCUCCACCUCACUGUACUCAAUCAUCAGGGCCUGCUGCCAAUGGCGCCCCCAGCAACGCGUCUCCAUGUCGGAGCUCAUUAGAACACUUCAGGAGGCAGAGAGAUCAGCCAAUGGGAGCAAAGUUCUCAGGGUGUCUGGACCGCUGGACAUCGAGAAAUACAUGAAGGAGGCGGAAUAUGGAGAGCUUUACAACUACGCUGUGCUCUGAUUGGCUGAGACCGCCAUCAGUCAGGACCGCUGCUCUGGUGCUGUCGCAACAUUUGAGGACUGCUGCAAGAAUGAAGAAUUCAAAUGAAAUGGAACGUUAUGCACAUCGUUUAUGAAACAACUUUAGUUUUAUACUUCUUUGUACUGUUGAAACACUUUGUUCUUCACACUGUAUGUUUGGAAAGUAAUAUAUGGGUGAUAAAUAUUUAUUUUUCUGUAGACUAUAGCCACGGUCAUCUAAAAGACUUAGCUGCACUUUUUACCUGUAAAGGAAGCGUUAUGUGAUAUAUGUACGAAGUUUUCCAGAUGCAAUACAGCAGAGGACAAGAGGUGCACUUGACGGUGUGAAGGGACCAGAAUCCUGCACAGCAGAACCACCGCUGCUUCCUUCCCACAUCUUCCAUGUGGACCACCACAUGAUGAGGAUGCAGACUCAUCCUGAGAACUCAGAGCUUUAACCGCAGCUUGUUGAGUCUUUACGACACAGUGUGAUACUACACAUUCAAAUGCACGACACCCUUUUGCAGGGUUAUUUAUAAUUAAACAACUUAGUCAGAAAAGAACAAAAUGUCAGGUGGAACCAGAGUUUGACAAAGUCGAUAAUUGGGUCGAUAAGUGAAUUAUCGACCCAAACUUAGCCCCAACCGUAGCAGAGUGCCUCAGCCCAACAGCAUCUUCACAAGGACUGAAGUUAUGACAUCUGGCCUUAAAUUCAAAGAUUGAAAACCUGCAGCAACGGUUGCAAAUAGUCAACUUUAAGCAUCGCAAUGCUGAAACCUGCCGUUUACUAAAACCUGCCCGCCUUACAAACCUGUAAUGAUCCGUUCUUGCACUCAGACCAGGAUGCUAAAGGCACACACUCACAGCAAUCCAUGCACAUGUUAAAAUAACAACAUGACACAAGAGUGACGCAUCCCUCGUAGGUCAGUUUAGUUCCACCUCAAAAAGAUAAAAACAGUUUUAAAACAGUUCCUUGAUUAUUUAUUUGCAUGAUAGCAUCGUUAGCGCCUCCUCGUCAAACUCAGUCCCUCCAACAUUUAGCAGUUUUUUCAGAUUAUUGCGAGCAAAACACAUUCUGAUCCUGAAGUAGCCUCUUUAUUUAAUAGUAAUUAUGUUUUUAAAAAGGUUAUUUUGGGAGAAAAGUGCUACUUCUUGGGAGAACGAUGGAUGAUUGAAUGAACAAAGCCGCAGUUGUCUGCUCGUUAGCAAAUGUCCCUCCGAUGAUCAGACCUACACAUUGUGGCUCACAUCACUUGUAAUGAAAGCGCCCUUUCUUUCAGUUUUAUUUUUUGGUCUUCACAAUAUGGCAAAGGAGCUGCGGACUCAAACACUUGAAAACCUGGUGAGCACUAUGAAUAUAAAACACACAGCUAUCAGAGAUUAUUAGCCUCCUCUUUGAAAGAAAACACUGCAAGAGCCACAGUCACGAACAAUAGAGCCAGAGAAAGGUAAACACUGUUGGUAGUUACACGCUACGCGACAAAGCUACGAGGAAGACGGCAAGUGUCCUUGAUCAAGGGAGCGACUACU